GCCGCUUCCGGCCCGGAAGGAGGAUGUGGCCGCCGUGCGGGACGCUCCGGGCCCGGGUGGCCCUGGCGCGGUCGCGGGGAACCCGGUCCUGCGGCGGGGACGGGGCUGUUUCUUACACUCAGGGCCAGAGCCCCGAGCCCCGGACCCGCGAGUACUUCUACUACGUGGAUCAUCAGGGUCAGCUCUUCCUGGAUGACUCCAAAACGAAGAACUUCAUCACCUGCUUCAAAGACCCACAGUUCCUGGUCGCCUUCUUCUCCCGCCUGAGACCCAAUCGCAGCGGGCGCUACGAGGCCGCCUUCCCCUUCGUCUCGCCCUGCGGCAGAGAGCGCAACUUCCUGCGCUGCGAGGACCGCCCCGUGGUGUUCACGCACCUGCUGGACGCGGGCCGCGGGCCGCCCCGCCUGUCCUACUGCGGCGGCGGCGAGGCCCUGGCCGUGCCCUUCGAGCCCGCUCGCCUUCUGCCCUCGGCGGCCAACGGGCGCCUGUACCACCCGGCGCCCGAGCGCGCGGGAGGCGUGGGCCUGGUGCGCUCGGCCCUGGCCUUCGAGCUCAGCGCCUGCUUCGAGCACCCGCCGGGCGCGCCCGCGCUGCCGUCGCACGUGCGCUGGCAGGGCCGCCUCCUGGCGCUCACCAUGGACCUGGCCCCGCUGCUCGCCGCCCCGCGGCCCUGAGCCGCGCCCGGGGCCGCAUCGGGAGGCCGCGGGUGUCCCCGGUCUCCGGCGACCCCGAGCGCCCCUCGCCGGGCCCGUGUCGUCCGCACCAGCGCCGGCGAGUGCGCGUGCGCGCGGAGGGUGUCGCGGGCCCCGUCCCGCCCGGCGCUGUCCGAGGUGCUGCCGUCGCCCGGACCCGGCCGCGGCCCCUCCGCUGUGCCCCGCGUCGCGCCUCUGCCCCCACACUCCGCUCGGGGUCUCUGCGUGGGCCGCGCUCGCGACGUCAGCCUGGGCGGGGGAGCAGGAGGCGCGGGGUUCUGCUGCGCGUGCGCGGGCGCCCCGCCCCCCUCACGCCCGCCGCCGCCGCCGCCGCCCGGGCUGGGGUCGCCGCCGGCUCAGCGGGGAACAGAUCGCCGCGGAGCGUCAGGUGAGGGGGCGUCCGGGCCAAGGUCACCGGGUGUGGGGGCGGGGGCGGGGGCCGUCCCGGUUCUGACCCCGGCGCACACCAGGAAGGGCGUGCGACCUGGCGGGGACAGGGGAUGCGGAGACCACGCCCUCCCGGAACCCGGCGCUGGGGGCGGGCGGGGAGGCCGCGGGGCAUCGAGGCACCGGGUCGCAAGGGCCGCCCGGAAACCCGCGCUCGAGGGCAGCGCAAGGCUUUACCCCCCUUGCCUGCCCCCGCUGUCGCCCGGGGUCGCCCGGAGUCGGCGACAGCCAUCACGGAGUCCUGCGUGUGACGCUCCGCCCCCUGCCCUGCCGGAUUAGGGGGGUGUCCGCUGGUAAAAGGAUUUCUGGGCUCUUCCCGCUUGGGGCCUUCAUCCCUGCUCGGGCCGGCCCCUCUACACCGAUCUGCAUCUGGGGGGUGCCCGCGUGGGCAGCACCGCCCUGAGUUCUGAGGAGGCAGCCAAGAAUCUUCUCUACUUGAGAGGCCUUGCAGGGAGGCUGGGUGGGUGAGGCCUGGAGCCAUGGGCCAGCCCUUUGUGCUCGCGGCAGUGGGUCCCAGGAACCCAGAGAACGCCCCCAGGCUCUUGGAGCUCUCACACACCCUGAGACACCUGGGAACUGCCCCUGCCUGGGCCAGAGCUGCUCUAUUAAAAUUUUAUUGCCGUGCUUGCUUCA